AGAUAACGACAAAGACUUUGCUUUUGUACUGAAUAGUCUCUUGUUUUCGUCGCUGUCGCGGUGACUCUCGGUCUGUCGAUACAUCGUCGCGCUGUGACUCGACUUUUAGCUCGCUAGCGAAACAUAAAACGCUAGCAUGGGGGGCGUGGGGUGUUAGCACUGAUGCUAACACACUGUGCUGCCGCGGUGACUGUGUGUGUGUGCGUGUGUGUGUGCGCGCGUGCUGUGUGCGGGGUGUGUUGAGAUUACUGCAUCACUGCGUGACGAUAAUCCGGCCUCUGCAGCAGCAGCAGCAUCAGCAGCAGCAUCAUCAGCAGCAGCAUCAGCAGCAGCGGCAGCGGCAGCAGCAGCAGCAGCAGCAGCAUCAUCAUCAUCAUCAGCAGCAGCAGCUUCCCACUAACAGCUUAGCUCAGCCCGGCUAACUGGCGCCGAUGACUGGCUCUUUUACCGACAUCGAUUUCCAGUGGGAGGAGGCACCAUGGCCGGAAAGGUGAAGUGGGUGACAGACAUCGAAAAAUCAGUGCUGAUCAACAACUUUGAAAAGAGAGAUUGGCUUCAAGUCUCCGAAAAUGAGGACUGGAACUUUUACUGGAUGAGCAUCCAGACCAUCAGGAACGUCUUCAGCGUGGACACGGGCUACCGCCUGUCAGACGACCAGAUGGUGAACCACUUCCCAAACCACUAUGAGCUGACCAGGAAGGACCUGAUGAUCAAGAACAUCAAACGCUACCGCAAGGAGUUGGAGAAGGAGAGCAGCCCGCUGGCAGAGAAGGACGACAACGGGAAGUACAUUUAUCUGGAUUUUGUCCCUGUGACCUUCAUGCUCCCGGCCGAUUAUAAUUUGUUUGUGGAGGAGUUUCGUAAGAAUCCGUCCAGCACCUGGAUCAUGAAGCCGUGCGGGAAGGCCCAGGGCAAAGGCAUCUUCCUCAUCAACAAACUGUCACAGAUAAAGAAGUGGUCCAGAGACAGCCGCACCUCCACGUUUAUGGCGGCCUCUAGUGGUAAAGAAGCGUACGUCAUCUCUCUGUACAUCGACAAUCCUCUGCUGAUAGGAGGGAAGAAGUUUGACCUGCGUCUGUACGUUUUGGUGACCACCUAUCGGCCUCUGAAGUGCUAUAUGUACAAGCUGGGCUUCUGUCGCUUCUGCACAGUGAAGUACACGCCCAGCACAAGUGAACUGGAUAACAUGUUUGUACACCUCACUAAUGUGGCCAUCCAGAAACAUGGCGACGACUACAACCACGUUCAUGGAGGCAAGUGGACGGUCAGUAACCUGCGCUUGUACCUGGAGAGCACCAGAGGGAAGGAGGUGACGAGCCGACUGUUCGACCAGAUCCACUGGAUCGUGGUGCAGUCGCUCAAAGCUGUGGCUCCCGUGAUGAACAACGAUAAGCACUGUUUUGAAUGUUACGGGUAUGACAUCAUCAUCGAUGACAAGCUGAAGCCAUGGCUCAUCGAGGUCAACGCCUCUCCCUCGCUGACCUCCAGCACGGCCAAUGACCGCAUACUGAAGUACAACCUCAUCAAUGACACCCUCAACAUCGUCACACCUAACGGGGAAAUCCCAGACUGCCGCUGGAACCGCAGCCCGCCUCGUGAAGCUCUGGGCAACUAUCAGGUUCUGUACGACGAGGAGCAGGCACAGAGCGAGAACGCCGAGCGUGACCUGCGGAGUCGCUCAGGUCAGUCGCUGGGGUCAAAGGGCACCAAGGGGAGUGCAGGAGUCCGCGCCACUGCCGCCACCUGGAAGUGAGGUGAUAUCAUUCAACGUACAACGUAACAGGGUCCAACAGAACGGCUGUGUCUGUCCAUGUUUCACUGACUGAGGCACACGGGGCAGAGAGUUCAAAGGUCAGAGCUGGUCAGGUCAAAUCACGCUUUCUUCUAAACCCCCGCGGCAACAGUUUUCAAUCCAGACCAAACCCUUUAAACCAAAACCUGCUACCAGAUCUGAAAAGACCCGGACGAAAGCUCGGGAGAGGACAGCGACUGUUUGAGCUGCACGUGGCAACAAAAAAGAUGAUUCACCACAUGAACGACGCACGAUGACGUUAACUGGACUCAAAGAUAGGAUUGAUCAAAAAUGACGUUUGAAGAAAAUGGAUUGCAAUGUUCUUUAUCAACAUUCAUCACUUUAUCACUUUAUUUACAUGACCCGUUUCCCAUGAUGCAUUUUGAGUUGCACUGCUGACGUCACCACAGCUUCACUGCUUCACAACUGAAAUACUGAAUAACUGUGAACAGCAUUGAGUCUAAAUCAGAACAUUCUAACACAUUCAGACUGUUCUUAGGUCGGUUUAAGUCACUGAUUCAGUAACUAUGGUGGUUUUAUUAAUAAUAACAAUAAUAAUAAUAAUAAUGAUCAUUCAUGAUAAAUCUACAUGAUCUUCAUUGUCAUUGUGUUAAAUAUCUGUAACAAAAACCUUUUGAUUAAAAUGGUUUUAUAUAAUUAUAUAUUAUAUUUGUUGCCUUACUAUAUGACUUUUAUGUGAUCUCAUUUCAAUGUUACAAAAAAAACAAACGUAUGAAAUGAUUUGGUGAUUAAAUGCUGCUUUUGUAUGAUGAGCAAUUGUUUUGCCAUUUAUUGAACAGUUUUUUUUAAUCAUUUUCUAACGUUUGUCUGUGUGACACUCUUUAUUUGAAAUAAAAGAUCCGUCCACGGCUGAA